UAUUUUCCAUCUGCGGAGCAGGGCGCUUGUAUGAGUAAAACGUUUAUCCAACGUGUUGAAGUCGUCAGGACGUUUUGGUCACGUUAAGGAAGCACGGAACGAAAUCUCGCGUGCGCAAAGUUGCAGAAGGAGAGCAAUCGUAUACGGAACGGAACGAGCCGGUAAGAUACGGUGCGCCAGGGUGGGACGGAUGGGACAGUGAUGUGCAGCUGUAUUUAUAGUAUGGAUUGUGUCUGCUUGGCAGCUCGCCAUCAGAUGAACGGCUCUCCUAAGAGCCCUACGCGAGGCACGGACCAAGCAGCGCCUGGAAAAAUGGGACAAACUAUGGGCAGAAUGCCUGAAACGUGGGAGGGUCUCCUGGAAGAGAGAGAUCGCGUUCUACACUGGAGUUCCGAAGUCUUGGCAAGAGUGCAGGAUAAUGUUACGAAUGAGGAUACGUUUUUAAUGGACUACGCUGACGAAAAGAUCGAUGCCAAAAUCGAUACGUGGAUUAAAACCAAUCGGACGCGGGUUGACGAGACCUUCAAUAAAUUUCCAAAUGCGACAGAACAGCACAGAAAUAUAGUUAAUGCUGGAAUCGAAAAGCUUACUGAAGAGAUACGAGCAAAAACAAGGAAGGAUUAUCAAAACGCAUAUAACGACAUUAAAAAGUUCAACAAGAAGGUAGAUCAGUUGGGUUCGGAUGAAAGAAAGAUUCACGCUGAAAUACAAAAUCUGGAGGCGGAAUGCGCGGGUGACACGCAAAAAUUUCAAAAAAAAUUCGGCCCGUUGCGAGUUAAAGUUUUCGAUAAUUUGAGAACCGGCGAAAAAAUGAUAUUCCAAGAUAAAAGACUGAAAGGCGAUUUUACUAAAAAAGUAUGAGUUUUUUCUAUAUCCAUAAAACCUGCGACCUCCAUAAUAUCUCCUGAUAAUUCAAUUGCGCUUACUCAUCAGACUUACGAUAUUGAUCACAAAAACUCUGCCGAGUGUGUGAAACGAAUCGACAAAUUGCUUAAAGACUUCGAGAAAUGUGCGGCGAAAGAGGGAACGUAAAUAAAGCGG